GUCACACUGUAGUGUUGUAAUCGGCAACAAGAACCAAAACCUUGACCAGAGCCAACAAACAACUUCACAAAAUGGGUCGUGUGCGUACCAAGACUACCAAGAGAGCUUCUCGCGUCGUCAUUGAGAAGUACUACCCCCGGUUGACCUUGGACUUCCAAACCAACAAGAAGAUCAUUGAUGAGGUUGCCAUCAUUGCCUCCAAGCGUCUCCGCAACAAGAUCGCUGGAUACACGACUCAUUUGAUGAAGCGUAUCCAACGUGGCCCCGUCCGCGGCAUCUCCUUCAAGCUUCAAGAGGAGGAGCGUGAGCGCAAGGAUCAAUACGUUCCUGAGCACUCUGAGCUCGACGUCGAGAAGGUCGACGUUGACCAAGAGACCAAGGACUUGCUCCACGCUCUUGGUUACGACCAAGUCCCUGUCAAGGUUGUUGCUCCUGUUGUUCAAGAGCAACGUUUCCGUCGUAGACAGUAAAUGAAAACUGACAGUGGUAUGGGUUAUCAUUCAUUGCUGCCUUUCAACCAUUGAUUAUGGAUGUGAGUAGUUGACGGCAAUUGUCGAUGUAGUUAUUGCUGGUCUGAGGGUAAUAGGUGCGUUUCUG